CUAUAUUAUCCUGCUCUGCAUACAUCUGCUCUAUAUACAUCUCUGAAGGACCGUAAAAUGACUGAUCUUGAUCCAGAGAUACUUCAUAAACUCAUUCAAGCAGCCUUCGAAGGACGAGAUCAAGCGUAUGCUCCUUAUUCUCAUUUCCGAGUGGGAGCAGCACUACUAACACGAGACGGAAUGAUGAUCAACGGAUGUAAUGUCGAGAAUGCUUCUUAUGGCGGAGCGAUAUGUGCAGAGAGAACAGCUGUGGUGAAGGGUGUAUCAUCUGGUCACAGAGACUUUGUAGCUUGCGUAGUAGCCUCUGACGUCCCCUCGCCUUCGAUAUCUCCUUGUGGUAUAUGUCGUCAAGUGCUGCGUGAAUUCCUCCCAUUAUCCGCCCCGAUCUACAUGAUAUCCUCAACCUACCCUUACAAUUCACCAACACUGCCAUCAUACCUCGGCAAAGAUAACGUGGAGGAAAGGCAAAUGAUUGUGAAAAUGACGCUGGAAGAAUUGUUGCCCAUGAGCUUUGGUCCGGAUCAAUUACCACAAUCAGGUUGAUUAGGCCCCGGUGUAUAGUUAGUGCUGUCUAAGCCCACAUGGUAGCCAUCAGUCGCAGUACAUCAUAGAUUGUCACAACCGAUAGAGAGAGAUGCAAUGUGCAUGAUACGC